CAUGGCUGCGUGGGGCCCCGCUGGCCGCCUUGGCCUGCGCCGGAGCCUCGGCGCCGGCCGGCUGCUGUGUCCCCGUUUCCAGAGCCGCGGCCCCCAGGGCGUGGAAGACGGGGAGAAGCCACAGCCUUCCUUGAAGAAACCCAAGAUCCCCAAGAUUUACACCAAAACAGGAGACAAAGGAUUUUCUAGCACCUUCACUGGAGAAAGAAGACCCAAAGAUGACCAAGUGUUUGAAGCCUUGGGAACUACGGAUGAAUUAAGUUCAGCUAUUGGGUUCGCUAUGGAAUUUAUCACAGAAAAGGGUCACCCUUUUGCUGAAGAGCUUCAGAAAAUCCAGUGCUCGCUGCAGGACAUCGGCUCCGCCUUGGCCACGCCCCGCUCCUCAUCCCGGGAGGCUCAUUUAAAACAAACCGCAUUCCAGGCAGGCCCUGUCCUGGAGCUGGAGCAGUGGAUCGACAAGUACUCCAGCCAGCUCCCGCCUCUCACCACGUUUAUUCUGCCCCGUGGUGCCGCUUGUCCAGAUGGGCGAGACGGAUGCAAAUGUUGCCAAGUUCUUAAACAGACUCAGCGACUAUCUCUUCACAUUAGCCAGAUAUGCAGCCAUGAAGGAGGGGAAUCAAGAAAAAAUAUACAAGAAAAAUGACCCGUCGGACCAAGCCUGAGGCACGGGGAAAUACUGGAAAGGGGGGCUUGGUGGAUCCCUCCCUGGUCACGACGGUGGAGAGAAGGUUGCCCUUCGGGGUCCUGGUGUCUGGAGGCCUCACCAGAGGGGCUGGACGCUGGUCUGUUGUCUGGACGGCUUUCUGACCUGCCACUUCCCUCCAGAGCUGCGGUGCUUCCAGAAUUCCAGUCCUGCUCCCCUGGCCUCCCCCGGGUCUCUGAGGAAGUGGGAAUGAACUUGGUAUUGAAGAAGAGAGGCGAGGUGGUCGCUGUGCUGAGGCGCCACACAGAAAAAAAAUAAAAGUGGAAAGAUUUGAGCUGCGUGUGUGCACAUGUGGGGGAUGGGGGUGCAGAGCGGGCGAGCCCUGUCACUGCCAGCGCAGGCUGUUCAGGAUUUGGAAUAGUACCAGCGGCCCUUGCACGUGUAACCGGGAUUUACCUGUGCCAAAGGGGCUUUAAAUGUCACACUUAGGAAGAGGAAAGCAGGCAGGAUUUGGAAGUUUAGCCGCCUCUGAGCCACCUAUCACCACCAAAGUGGGGGGCAGACAGCUGCUGACUGGCAGGCGUGGCCUUGGAAACACCUGGACUGGAGAGUGUGGUGGGGUGCAGCCUGGACGGUGGUCUUUCCAAGGGGGGAGCCUUCCUCCGUCAAGGAGCAGAGCCUGGAGCAAGAAACACCACCACUUAGCAGAGGGCAUGUCCAGCCAGGCAAGGGCGUGGAGGGGCCCAGGAGGAGAGUAUGAGGCAGACCUUCUCCUCUGAGGCUGACACGGUUGAGACUGAUUUCUCUGGUGUUGCACUUGGCUGGUUUAUGCCUCUGAGAUCCGUGCCACGACUGUAUUUUAUUUCACUUGUCACCACUGCUCCCUCCUGCUAGGAAGCUACACUGCCAGUGCCAGCUGUGUCCUUGGGAAGAGGGAUAUUUAUGAAGGUUGAAGAGGCAGCCCUCAGAACCUCAAGAUUCCUUGCUGCUAAUUGCAGGACAUGUCUUCGGAAGGGCAAGCUUUUGCUAACCAUUGGGGCCGAAAUGCCCGGCGAACUCAAUUAGACGAUUUCUUCACCGAGUGCUUAGCGUGAGGCUGCCAGCGGGGCUGGGGAUGGCGGGUGGCUCCGCUGUCCUGGCUGGCAGGUCAGGAAGCACUGAAAUGAUGAGUCGUGUGCCUGUGGCUGUUAUCCUAGCCCCCUCACCUGCUCAUUUUAUCUGAGGAACAGGUCCAUCUUGCCCCUUCUGGGUCCUUCUGUCCCUGGUCAGAGUGGUGGCCUUUCAGGCUGGGCAAGUGGCUGAGCUGUAGAGGGCUACGAGUGAAGGCCCCUCCAGGGUUCCCUGCGCAGUGAUUAGCGCUAGGUCUGGUUCAUGAGACCCUGCAGGCACUCGGGGUGUGUGACCACAACACAGCAAAACACGCAGGUUCAGGAGAGGCUCAGGGGGGCUCUCUGCUGGACAGGUAUGCAGGUGACCCAGGGGGAGCUUGCAGCAAAUCACUCAGUUCUGUCUACACCCCAUCUUCGAGGAAGAAGCAGGGCACAUACUCCUGGCCCACACUCCUGGCCACGGUAGGACAUAUCCCACAAAGGACGAGGAGAGCUCUUUGGGGAAAUCCAGCCUCCCACAGUGGCCAUUUUGGAAACAAGGCAGUUUGCCUAUUGCCAGAUCCUGUCCCCACCAGCUCUUGCUGAGAGGGCCUGUCGCAGGAGGCAUGUCAGCCCCUCAGCUUCCCAGGCCCUACCUGUGUCUUCCCCUCACUAACAGUUUCCCCCAGAAACACGCCCAGGCGCGGGGAGGACUUGGCACCACUGGAGCUGGCAUCCUGGCCCACCAGCCUGGGAAGAACAGGAAUUCUGCUUUGGGGGUUGAUUCAAAACACUCACUCUUCAGUGGGGCCUUCCUCAGCCCUAGUGGAGCCUAAGCAAAAGGAAAACUACCUCUGUACAUUCUCAAGUAGCUUCGCGUGUGGAGGCCAUCAGGAAAAGCUGAUAAAAUCGUGACAACCAAAACGCGACUCUCGAGGCCGGUUCUGCCUACUCUGCGUGCACAC